AUGGCCGCUGGAGCGGGAGCGAGGCCGCGGCCCGCCGCCCCCAGGGACCAGUCACGAUCUAACGUGGUGCUGGUAGCCUGCGACUCCUUGGAUGGACGCUUGACAUUUUUUCCAGGAAAUCAGACUGUGAAUUUACCUUCCAUAAAUUUUAUGAAAAAACAUGGCACUGUCUUUCUCAAUGCCUACACCAAUUCUCCAAUUUGUUGUCCUUCUCGUGCAGCUAUGUGGAGUGGUCUUUUCACUCAUUUAACAGAAUCUUGGAAUAACUUCAAAGGUCUAGAUCCAGAUUAUGUAACAUGGAUGGAUCUAAUGGAGAAGCAUGGCUACCUUGCACAAAAGUUUGGGAAAUUGGACUUUACUUCUGGACAUCAUUCAGUAAGUAACCGUGUGGAAGCUUGGACUAGGGAUGUGAACUUCCUGCUCCGACAAGAAGGAAGACCCAUGGUGAAACUUACAGGUCAUAGGAAGCAGUUUAGAGUGAUGGAAACAGAUUGGCGGAAUACUGAUAAAGCAGUAAAUUGGAUAAAGGAAGAAGCAGUUAACUUUACUCGACCAUUUAUUCUGUACCUGGGACUAAAUUUACCACACCCAUAUCCAUCACCCUACGCGGGAGAAAAUUUUGGAUCCUCUACAUUUUUAACAUCUCCCUAUUGGCUUGAAAAGGUAAAUUAUGAAGCUAUUAAAAUACCCAAGUGGUCUGCUCUUUCAGAGAUGCAUCGAGUAGACUAUUACUCAUCGUACACCAAGAAUUGCACAGGAGAGUUUUCAAAGGAAGAAGUGAGAAAUAUUAGAGCAUUUUAUUAUGCUAUGUGUGCAGAAACAGAUGCCAUGCUGGGUGAGAUUAUUUCAGCUCUGCGAGAUACAGGACUUCUUGGAAAAACAGUCAUUAUAUUCACUGCAGAUCAUGGAGAGCUUGCUAUGGAACACCGUCAGUUCUAUAAAAUGAGCAUGUAUGAGGGAAGUUCCCAUGUUCCUCUUUUAGUUAUGGGGCCAGGUAUAAGAGAACAGCAGCAAAUACCAAAUAUAGUAUCUCUUGUGGAUAUAUAUCCUACUAUGCUUGAUAUAGCAAGAAUUCCUGUCCCACAAAACCUCAGUGGAUAUUCUCUUAUACCGCUGCUACGUGAAAAAGCUGAGAGCGAAACGUCACCUAGAGGACCUCGGCCCUCAUGGGUGCUGAGUGAGUUCCAUGGGUGCAAUGUGAAUUCCUCUGUGUAUAUGCUGAGAACUGGCAAGUGGAAGUACAUCACAUACUCCGAUGGCUCUUCAGUACCACCCCAACUCUUUGACCUUACUGCUGAUCCAGAUGAGCUUACAAAUGUUGCCAUAAAAUUCCCAGUAACUGUACAUUCCUUGGACAAAAUACUUCGCUCCAUAGUUAACUAUCCAAAGGUUUCUUCUUCUGUUCAGGAGUAUAACAAACAACAGUUUAUCAGUUGGAAGCAAAGUUUGGGUCACAAUUACUCAAGUGUUAUUGCAAACCUUAGGUGGCAUCAAGACUGGUUAAAGGACCAGAAAAAGUAUGAAAAUGCAAUUGACAAGUGGCUUGAAACAGCUUACACUCAAAUACUCUUCCUAAAGUCCUUUCUCUUCCUAAAAGCCUCCCCAGGCUUCUGGGAACCUCUGAACAGAGACUACCAGAGGGAACUGUGAUCACAGUUGCCUUGCAGAAUGCUCUGAAAUCAGUUGUUUCAGUGUUUCCAAUGUUCACAGUUCCUGUCCAUGGGACAUGUUCACUGUGAAAAUCUGGAAACUCCAAUAAACUUUCACCAAACACGCAAUUAGGAUCGCAAGCCUGUUUAACCUGUGUAAGACUGCAGGAUCAUAGUUUUUCAUAAUUUCUUAGAGUCAAAGCUUUUGCAAAGACCUGCAGACCUGUGUGGUCCCCAGCCUCAAAUAAGGCCGCUUUCUCAGAUUCAAUGCUAUGAAGUAGGACUGUCAAGGAGCUAUUCCAGGACAGAGACUCCAGGGUUUGUAGCAUCCCAGGCAUGCCUUGCUGCUAUAUUCUUGAAUAAACAUCUUUAGAAAGCAAUUGGUAUGGAAAUCUGGAAGGUGGAGUGCCCAGACUUACAGCACAGACCCAAACCUAAUUGUGGUCCUGCUCAACUAAAUAUACAGCUCUGUUAACUUCAGCCUGUCUACUAGAGCUUUCUGCCAGAAAACCUGUUAAUCAAAAAUGCAGAAGGAUUUCUUACAGAAAAGGCAUCAGAAAUCCAUGAGGAAAUCUCAGUUACACUGGAAGAAAAAAAAUAUCAUUGAUAUAACUGAUUUGUUCAUAUAGUUUCAAUAUAUUUGUUGACUAU